GAAUUAAAUUAUUUUAAAAUGUUUUAAAAUGUAACAAAAUUGUGUGCAGUUAUUUUUAAAAAAGUUUUGUGAUAAUUGCACCUAAUGUUUAAAAGUGCAUCUAGAAAAAUGUCAUCAGAUUUUGAAUCUGGCGAUGAUUAUUUUCCCCUUGAAAAAAAAAAAUCAGCUGGGAAAUCUAAACCAAUUAAAGAAAACCUAAUUCCUUCUCCUUUUUUUUCUGUGCCAUUGUCAUCAAAUUUACUAACAUUGUUAUCAGUUUUACCUUCUAUACUAUCAACAAAAUCAACUAUACAAAAAUCUUCUGUAACAACAUUAACAUCUCAAGACAUUGCACCAUUGAUGACACCAACCCAGUGCCCUGGUGUUUCAAACACCGCAGUAAGUUAUUUGUCUACGAUUGCAUCAACGGCUUUAAAUAUUGGUAAGAGCUACAUUUUUAAGUUUUUUAUGUCAAUGUUUCCACAUUUGUGUGGUUUAAAUAUGUUUCCAUGAUUUCAUUUUUGAGAUUAAAUGACAAUGUUGUAGGGUUAAAACUCAUAUAAAACCCCUAUUUUAAAAGUUUUUCUUCUUUUCGGCAAAUUGCCUUCACCGUGGAUAUGAAGCCUCACCUGAAAUAAGCUAAAUAAUAGAUAGUUUAAUUUUUUUUAGUUUAAUUUAAGUUUUUUUAGUUUUUAAUUUAAGAUUACUUAAUUAUUCAUAAGGAUGCGUAAUUUGCAUAUUUUUUAAUGUAUGACAUGUCAUUUUUAUUAUUAUUCCUGGUACUUUUAUAAUACAGCUAACAAUUUUUUAGAUGCUGUAACAUUACCGAACAUUGGUGAGGUAUCUUCUUCAUUGUGCAGCAAUAUUUCUAAUCAAACAACAAAUGCAUUGGUUGUAAAGUUGCUGAAUGUGUGUGUGGGUAUUCAACAAACUCAGAAUAUCCACACUAAUAUGCUAAAUGCUAUGCUUCAACAAGGCAAUGUGGCGGUGCAGGCAUCACAAUUACCAGAUGGAAUAAUAUUACCCAUGGAUACCAUGAAAGCUUUUGAUGCAAUGGAAAAAAAGCUUAAAGAUAGCAAUAUUGCAAACAUAAUUGUUAAUUUGUUAGCCGAUCUCGGAGGAAAAAAAGUUGACGAAGCUGUUCGCCGCAUGAUGCAGCAGCUCCUUAGCAAUAAUUUGGCACUACAAUUUAAUUGUCAGCGAGGGAUGACAAAAAAAGUUUUAAAGGGUACUGAGGUGUUCCAAGUUGUUUAUAGAGCUUUAAAGCGCAAUGCUUUGACAUCGGCGUAUACGCAAAAAGAUUUUGAAGUGUCGCUCGCAAAAUAGCUCAUUGGUGCUCGUGAUCGACAUGGUAAUAGAGAUAAACGUGUCGGAGCUACAAAAUAACCGAAUAUACCUAAGUCACUUUAUAAUUUAAAUCUUUUAUACAUGUUAUG